AAAUAAUGGCCUCAUCGUAGUAAUCUAGUCUGCCGUUAGUACUUAACAUUGGACAAAUAAACACAUUUGACCAUGUAAGCUCUUAGCUUGAUAUAUGUGUCCGUUAACUUUCAGUUUAGCUUAGUAACAGUACUUUACCGGGCAGCUCGGUAGCUAGCACAACGUUAACUGACGUCAACGUUGGACGAGGACAGUGGCAAGCGAUGACGGUCAGGAGAGCCAGCCGACAUCCUCGGACAUGCCCAGCUUUGCUCGCCAUCUUUCUGCUAAUUUUGAGUGUGCAGCUGGCGAAAACAGCCUCUGAAUAUGAUCCAUACAAAAUCCUGGGUGUCAGCAGGAGUGCGAGUCAAGCAGAAAUCAAAAAGGCAUACAAGAAUCUCGCCAAAGAAUGGCAUCCAGACAAGAACAAGGACCCUAAAGCUGAGGACAUGUUCAUCAAGAUUUCUAAGUCAUACGAGAUCCUGUCCAAUGAGGAGAGAAGGUCCAACUUUGACCGCUACGGGCAGAUGGAUGAAAACCAGCCCUUUGGACAGUCGCAGCAUCCAGGUUUCCGCAGCUUCCAAAACAGCUUCUACUUUGAUGAGUCUUUUUUCCAUUUCCCCAGGGCCAGGGACUUUGCAGACAGCAAGUACCUGCUUCACCACGCGCAGUUUAACAGUGAUGUCCUUCCAGACAGCCACAAGAGGCCGUACCUAAUCAAAGUGACCUCUGAGUGGUGCUUUGCAUGCAUCCACAUUGAGCCAGUGUGGAAGGAGACAGUGCAGGAGCUGGAGCCGCUGGGUGUUGGCAUUGGCAUUGUGGACCUGGGUUAUGAGCGUCGCCUGGCCAACCAGCUGGGAGCUCACCGCGCUCCCUCCAUCAUCGGGCUGGUGAACGGCAGGGUGACCUUCUUCCAUCAGGCUGUGGUACGGGAGCACCUGCGACAGUUUAUUGAAGACCUGCUUCCCAACAAGCUGGUGGAAAAGAUCACAGAUAACAACUACAUGGCAUUUCUGGAUAGUUGGCAUGUGGAAAAUAAGCCCAGCGUUCUCUUGUUUGACCAAGUCCCUAUUGUUCCCCUACUCUACAAAUUAACGGCGUUUGCCUUCAGAGAUUAUGUACACUUCGGCUACGUGGACCAGGGUGACCUGCAAAACACUCGGCUACUGCGGCAGUUCAACAUAAACACAUACGCCCCCACGAUGCUGCUGUUUAAGGAGGAUACAGAGAAGCCUGUUGACAUCAUCCAGGCCAGAGGGAUGAAGCGACAGAUCAUGGAUGAGUUUGUCUCCAACAACAAGUUCCUGCAGGUGCCACGGCUGGUCAACCAGCAGCUUUUUGAUGAGCUGUGUCCUGUCAAGCAGUUCCACCGACGGAGGAAGUACUGCGUGCUGCUGAUCACAGGGGAGGACCAAGCCUUUCUUCCAGGCAAUAAGGCCUUCCUGGACUUCGCUUCAAUUAACAGAAAAGAUGUGCUGCGGUUUGCUUACGUCUACCAGCGUCAGCAACAGCCUCUCUGUCAGGCACUGCUCCCUAAUCAGGCUGUGCUCUCACCUCAGGUGGUGAUUCUUGAGAGGCGGAGCCAGGCUGGCAAGGUCCUGUACCACUCUGUGAGUGGUGUGUGGAACGGCAGUGAAGAAGACAAGUACCGCCUCCACGAACAGCUGGAGCUCCUUCAGAAAGACCCCACCUAUCUGAGGUCAGACGCCACCCUUCCAGAACUCAACAACGAGAUGGCACCCGUGUUUAUUGUUCAGUGGAUGAACGCUGCCUAUGAUUACAUCCUUCAGAUAUAUGAUGGCCUUCUCUACUCUAACUGGCGAGAGAUGAUGCCGAUCCUGUCGCUGAUCUUCUCAGCUCUCUUCAUUCUUUUUGGCACCGUCAUCAUUCAGGCCUUCAGUGAGCCAGGUGAGACCAAACCCCGUAAGCCAAAGCCAAAGGAGCAACCACAAACUGAAGACAAUGAUUCAAGUAGAGCCGGUACCUCAAGCCGUCCGCCCAAGAAGGACUUUGUGGAAGUGACAGAGCUGACAGACAUCACGUACACCAGCAACCUGGUUAAGCUGAGGCCCGGCCACAUGAAUGUUGUGCUGGUGCUCACCAACGCCUCCAAGACCGCCUUGCUCAGGAAAUUUGCCAAGGAGGUUUUUUCUUUCUCUGGGACUCAGACCCUCCACUUCUCCUUCCUCAACGCUGAUAAGCACCGCCACUGGAUGCCCUCGCUCCUUCGCUCAACCUCUCAUGCUAUGCAGAGCGAGGGCUAUUCAGACGAGGACGAGGAGUCUUUGGACUACAAUGGCCAUGUCCUGGCCCUCAACGGCUACAAGAAAUACUUUUGCCUGUUUAGGCCCGUCUUCACAGGGGACGAUCCCAACGACUCCUCGUCUGACGCCUCGUUCUCCUCUGACAGCAGGAGGAAAUCCCGGUCCAGGUCCAGGUCCAGCUCCCACUCCCGAUCCAGGUCCCGCUCCAGAGAGGACGGGGCUAUACCCAAGAGAGGCUCCAGUAGGGCCACCAGCAUAGAAGUCCACCAUAAGCUUGACAGGCUGGGACUGUGGAUGGAGAGGUUAAUGGAGGGCACCCUCCCCAGAUUACAGGUCCCUGCAUGGCCCUCUCUUGAUGAAACCACUAACUCCUCCUCCGCAUAGAGCUGAGGUCAAAGUAAGAAAGGUACGAUUGGUAGCGAAUACACUUGGUGGUCUCGUCUCCUGGUUAAGAAAACUGCAUAACAGUGUUGCAGUUUUUAAAUUAUUAUUUAAGUUCUCUUGCGCUCAGGUAGGUGGCCGCACUGAACUGCUGCAACCUGCUUACAGGAUGUCUUAUUCCCUCUGUUAUGUAGCGUGGAGCAGACGGAAACUGAUGGCUUAGUUUAAUGUGCUACCACAAACCUUUUAAAAUGCUUAAGUAAAGGCAAAGUCUGAUGUAAGUAAGAUGACGGAAGAGAAAACAACAACAACAGCAGUUUCUCCUGAAAUGCUGAGCUAUAUAUAUACAUAUGCAGGUGAUGUGUGUUGUUGGCUAGCUGCAGCACCUUGCCAAGGAGAUUAUGACUGCAUGCAGAGGAACAUUUUCACAUCACUUAUAUGCUCACAUGUGACUGGAGUGUUUUUACUUUCUCAGUUUACUACCGACAAACGGCCAAUAAGCAUCAUGGUACAUGUGUAGCUCUGUGUGUGCCCGUGUGUGCCCGUGUGUGCCCGUGUGUGUGUGUGUGUGUGUGUGUGUGUGUGUGUGUGUGUGUGUUAGGGGGUUAGGGUUAGAUUAACUCCAGUUCUCUGUUAUUUUCCUCUCCUUUUAACUGCUCAACUUUCUACUCAAGUCCUUUGACCCAACAAGAGCCUCUAAAAUUUGCUUUGAGCCUGAACACAUCUUUACAACAGUCAGCCCUCUAUCAUGAAUUAGACUUUGUCCUUCAGACACUAUGUACGCUGUAUAUGAUCUCGACAUGGGCUUUCUUUGCAAGCAGUUUAAUGCAAAUAAAGGCUGAGCCUGAUGCACUGAAUUCAUAGAUAAAUGAUGAGCUUUAUUUUUGCUUUUAGGAACCGUUGUUUGCCAUUGUAGAUCUGACACAGCCUUUUUGAUUCCAGGCGGAGUAUUUGACAGCUUUGUAAGCAGCAAUAAUCAACUUAUUCACAUAACACCAUCUACAUUUUUUAAGGAUUAAUGAUUGAAUAGGAUUCUUCCUGAUGUUUUUCUGCCCAGCCAUGUCCUGCUGCCGUUUUGUUUAGAGAUUUAACAUUUAAUAUGCUGCCAUGUGGUGCCCAAAAUGUUGAAAUCUGCCUUUUUGUCUUACACUUGCUGUUUAUUUUUGGGCUGAUUUCGCUUGUUUUUUUUUGUCAGUUGUCUGAAUCAGGGAGAAACGAUAUCAUGUUACACUUGCCCUUUUUAAGCCUGUGCCCUUAAACCACUGUAAAUUUUAAUGCAUGGAAUAAGUAGACCUAAAAGCCACUAAUAAAUGCACUGGCAACUUAAAUGUUU